UGUAAGAGCGAUGUGUUGCUGCUGCUGCGGGUACGGCUGCGUUGGAGCUGGAGUUUAGCACUAACGGGACAUCCAUCACAAUGUAUUAAGAAGACACCACCAGCAAAAGAAAUUAGGAAUAUUAAGGUAGCACCCUCAUGCCAGUCAACAUAUGUAUUUCAUCCUCAAUGGUGAUCCAGGAGGUAUACAUCACAGCAUGCUAUUGUGAAGAGGAAACCUAUUAGGCAGGAUGCAGUCUUCAAACCACCGACUGCGUGAUAUGGAGCAGCACCACCCGCUGCUGUCGGCAGGUGCAGAUGUCGAGACGGGGAGCCUGGCAGCGGGAGUGAUGGUUGGGAGUCCCCACGCGGGACACACUGCGGGGAACCGCACACUUUGGUUCAUUCAGGACAGCUGUGGUAUGGUGUGUGCAACCAUGACCUGGUUCCUGGUGCUGUACGCCGAAUUCGUAGUGAACUUUGUCAUGCUGUUGCCCGCCAAGAGCUUCUGGUAUUCGCUCCUGAACGGGGCCACCUUCAACUCUCUGGCUGUGCUUGCAUUGGCCUCGCAUCUGCGCACCAUGUUGACUGAUCCGGGUGCAGUUCCAAAGGGUAACGCAACCAAGGAGUACAUGGAGAGCUUGCAGCUGAAGCCUGGUGAGGUCAUCUACAAGUGCCCAAAGUGCUGCAGUAUCAAGCCUGAGAGGGCACACCACUGCAGUAUUUGUAAAAGAUGCAUCCGGAAGAUGGAUCACCACUGUCCCUGGGUCAAUAACUGUGUGGGAGAAAAGAAUCAGAGAUUCUUUGUUCUGUUCACUAUGUACAUAGCCUUGAUUUCUGCCCAUGCCUUGGGCCUCAGUGGAAUGCACUUCUUCACUUGUAUUAAAGCCCAGUGGAACGAGUGCAGUGAGUUCUCUCCAGGGGUGUCUGUGCUGCUGUUGAUCUUCCUCUGUCUCGAAGCCAUCCUCUUUCUCACUUUCACAGCUGUAAUGUUUGGUACGCAGAUCCACUCCAUCUGCAAUGACGAGACGAGGGGUUUGAAUGUCUUGCAGGAGAUCGAACGUCUUAAAAAUGAGAAGCCCACAUGGGAGCGUCGCAUGAGAUGGGACGGAAUGAAAGCUGUGUUUGGGGGUCCGCCCUCUCUGCUAUGGUGCAAUCCAUUCACAGGCCUGCGUUUGCGACGUCUGUUGCUGUUGACCCAUGGUCGCCGCGGUGGGUCUGAGUUUUCUGUCUGAGAGCAGGGCAGACUGAUGCAGCUUGCCAACACUUGACCAUCUCUAAAGCAAGAUUUCUUGUCUGCCCUCCUUGGCCGGGGCUGAUGAAACUCUGCUCCCCGAGCCUGUCUUUCAUGUAUGAGUGACAGGGAGACUGGCUGCUCCAGUGGGACCCCAGUGCAUCAAUCAACCAAUGAAAGUUUGUAUUCUCACUCAAACUUGCUGAUGUAGACCCAACACCUUUGGUCUGCAAGAGUAUGCUGAACAUAUGGAAUAUUGUUUUUAACAUGAGCAGCUUUUUGGUUUGUUUGUGUUUUCAGGUAAAGCAUGCAGUAUGUAACUCAAGUGAGCUUUAUUCCCUGUGAGACCAUCCAAGGUGCUGUUUGAACUUAACUUAUGCACCUUCAAUACACAACUCCAGCAGUUUGUUUUCUCUGCUACGCACAUGAGAUUCAAGAUUAGUGUUUGAAUUUUUUGAGAGGAGAUCAGCAACAUAUCUUUCAUCAUCGCUGGGCCCAGACACGUGAAUCUAAAUGGAGAAAUGCUUGAAAGUGUUCUGUUGGACCCAGACAAGGGGAUCACAGUCAAGGACAUGCACUACUUACAUGGCACUUGAGAAAAAGCCUGGAUAUGGAGCACAGUGGACAUCAGAAAUGGAACUGUGCUGCCUUGAUUUGCAUGUAUGACAGCUCAAUCAGUCAGCAUCUCAGCCAGAAAAUGAGGCUUUCACUAUGUUCAAAUGAAUGAACGGGCUACUGUGAACACAAGCCUCAUUCUUAUUCAAGAGGACUGAGUGGCUUUUCCUGUCUGUUCAUCUCCUUUGUCAUGUUUUUCCUGCCUUGGGUUGAAAUUGUUCCUUCUUUAGGUUAACCAAGCCAGUAUGAAUUAAUUUUUUUUUUUUUUUUUUUAAACUGCUGAAGCUCCUUUAAUUUUCAUCACAGUGACCACUCCUCAACAAUUGCCCAUAAUAACUCACUGGAGAUGACUACUGUUAUUCAGAAUCUUCAUUUGGGGGGGGGGUGUCAGUUUUGUAUUAGUCAUAUGUCUGUGUUCAUAAAUUUGCUAUUCCACCACUCCUACAUGCUGCUCCACAUAUCAUUCUCUACAACUGAUCGGUAACCCACAGACCACUGAUAAGCCUCCCUGUGUUUUCAUAAUGAAGGGAUUCAGAUUCAGAGCAACUUUGGCUGCCAAUGUUAUUAAGUUUGAAUUGUUUUACUCAUAAAGUUUUUCUCUCUAUGAGGCUAUCAGAGACUACAUCUGUGUAUAGUAGGAAUCCGUGUGCAAGAGCAGUUGGAUAAGACUUCAUAGCAUUUAAACCCUGGAAAACAACCUUACAAAACCCCUUGAGACAGAGCCAAGUCUCAGACAUAGUGGCUUUGCAUGCUCCUUGGCCACCGAGUGGUGCAACUCGGUAUAUCCUUUUGAAAAGGAGAAUUUAAAAUACUAGUACAACCUCCUCUGACUCAUUGUGAGCUCAUUCUGAUCUGCAGAGCCAAGCUCCGUUGUGCAGCCAGCCUGUAGAAUUAUAAAGGAACUGCUUUGCUGAAAGAGGCUGAGGGACUGCACUCCUUAUACAAGCUUUAAUACUCAACAAAGUCUCGGGGAGCUCAGCAGAUGCUUGCGAGGCCUUUCCUACUUCACUCCAGAAAUGUCAGGCCUGUAACAUCCAGUGGCAAGACAGUAGCAGAUACUUUCCCGGUGUUAUUAGAACACUUAUCCAUGCCUUUAAAACCAUUCCGUCAAGUGAAUUUAUCAGCUUGAAAGAUUUUGUCAUUAUUGCCAUAUUUAUGAAAGUGUUUUCUCACUUUGUGACAAAUAUGUCUCCUAUUUUUACUCUGCAUUAGUAAUGGGCCUGUUUGCACUGGAUGAAUGUGGCUUUUUGAAUCUAGAGUUCAAGAUUUAAAGUCAAGUCCUGACUGUUAGGCUGGUAUUGUCAAAGUGUUGUCAAAUCUAGAUUCUCAAAGUCUCAUUUUUAUGGCGUGUUGGACAAUAUACUGCUGUUUGUUCUCAUCUGUGGUUGUCAGGAGAAAGAACUCUGUCUCCACUGUUUACACUACAUGAUGAUAUCUGACGCUCUGUGGCUAUGAUGUUUUAAGACACAUGCUGUCAUUAGAAUGUAAAACUUAUCUAUUUUGGGAAUAAGGGACACAGCACUGAAAGCUAACUGAUAUAUCAGGGGAUUUUAUUAAUGCUGGCCUCAUAAUUUAUAGUUUAUUCUGCUUGACUGCAUCACCUCAGCAACAGUUUUUCUGGUUAAAUGUUUGGAGAAUAUCACUUUGUUAUUCAAACAAUGUCAUAAUUUCUCUAUAUUCAGCAUGGUUCAUUCAGCAAGUCCCUUAUCCCAACAUGCUCAUUGUACUUUUUAAUGUGUGAGUAGCAAAGUCCAAUUAAGCCAAACACAUGGCAUGUCCAUAAAAAUCAUAAGCAUAAGACAGAUUGUAUUGUAAGACAACAGGGAAAUUUGUACCUUUUAAUUUUGCAGAUGCACAAAUAUCUGGUUAAUUAAGCAGCGGAUGUUUUUAAAAAAAAUAGUUGCAGCAAUUAGUGGUAAUUAGUGAGAGGCUUAGAGUCCAAUAAACACAACCUUCCAUUAGAAUACAAGUAAAUAACUGAAGCAGGACUUGAGGUAACAGUGGACUAACACACCGCUAAAUUUGGUAAGUUGUAUUUGUAGGAAGUAGCAGAACAUCAGAGCUAAUCGUGGAUUGACAAUUAUUCUGUGUUGACUGGGUAUAAAUAUUUGACCAAGCUUGGUCGAUUGUCCUGUUUCAUGACCAAACUCAGAUGCUGUAAUCAUAAUGUCUUAAACUGGGGUUCUGUCACAGGGUAUGUGGUUUAACAUUCAGCAAUAGAAUCAAUGAAUGAUAAUUUUUAAAGGGUUGUGCUGUUAAAUGUAUUUUGAGCCUAUCUCCACUUUCUGCUGUAUGUUCAAGAAAAACAACAAUCACCAUGGGGAGGGAACUGUAUGAUGUGUGAAACUGUGUAAACCAACACUACACUAUUCUGACAAAGGUUUUUCUCACACUAGUUAGGGAUUUGUGCAGAAAAUCUAGGAUAAAGAGCAUUUUGUGAUGUAUAGUAAUGAUUCUUAACAGGCUGGAUGUUUAAUCAGAUUUACCAUUAACAUUGCCAUGAAAAGUUGAGAGGUUUUAUUUCCUACUCUGAGAGAACGUUUCUUCAAGAACAAGAGUCCUUCAGCUUUAUAAACAAAGUAUAAAGGUUACUAUUAACAAUAUAUAAAUGGAAUGUUUUACUCAAGUUUUUUUUUUAAUUAAUGUGUCAUAAACUUAUAAUGUCUUCUAUCUUUAUUGUCAUUCUUUUGCAUAAUAAACUUGAUUAAAAUAAAGUCA